AUGGUAAGAGCGCCCGAGGUAGAAGUAGACAGAAUCUCCGCAAAGGAGAAUAACAACGUUGAAGAGCCGCUAGCAAACUUGGAGGAUCAACCACGUCCACUCCCACAACUACGCCGAGGGCUAUACGCACCGCCAACAUCGUUUUCGAAGGGUGAUCCGGAUAUCGAAAUCGGCCUCAGGAGCGCACUUGCAGCGCUUCAUACUGCGUCCGAUUCUUUGGUGGGCCCCGGGGGAAUAACUUUGUUCGAUGCAGUCCCAGCCAAGGCGAGGGCCGAUAACCCGGUUGCUCCGGUAUCAGUGGAUCGUCAGGAGGAAGGUACAAACUCCGCGCGCUCCAAACCAGCCGUACCUGAAGUCCCUGCACCAUGGUCGGCGAUCCCGGUGAGUGAGCGUGAUGUAUUGCUGGAUGCCCUGCAAGCGCAAUGCCACCCCAUUGAAUGCCUGGCGGGGGAGCGAUACUGGACCCAGACGCCAUCGCCCGCGGAUGUCGACAUGACAAGACAGUGUAAUGGCUGUAGAGAGGCCCAGCGGAGUCGGUAUGCCGAUUUCAUCCGGAAAGAAAGGCAUUCCACUUCAAAGGGCUGUACCGUCCUCUCUGUCCAUAACUUCGCAGCACCCGAUGCAAAACUGGGUAUGAUGGCGCCUACACCAGCAUACAACCAGAGCGCACACAAAGCUAUCGUACUAGAUUGUGAAAUGGUCGGGGUUCUCGGAGCCAAUGGCCGCGAAUGCAGCGAGGUUGUUCGUGUUAGCGCGGUCGAUUUCCUAAGCGGCGAAAUUAUAUUUGAUACCUACGUCUCUCCGCAAGGCCAUGUGAUAUCCUGGCGCACGAAGUUCAGCGGUGUCAAUUCGUUCCUUCUCGCGGAGAAACAGCGGGAGGGGAAGUUGAUAAACGGCUGGCGAGCUGCAAGGCAUCUUCUAUGGCGGUUUAUUGAUGCGCAAACAAUCCUCAUUGGGCACAGUCUUCAUCACGACCUUGCUGUUCUUGGCAUGGUACACACCUGCGUUGUUGACUCGGCUACCAUGACGCGGGUUGCGGUGGGUGAGGACUGCCAGCGACACUGGGCCCUGAAGACGCUCGUUCGGCAGUUCCUUGACCGGGAUAUCCAAGCUGGAAAGAGUGGUCAUGAUUGUGUUGAAGAUACCUAUGCGACGCGCGAGGUUGUCUUAUGGUGCUUGCAAAAUACGACUCAGCUACGGGUGUGGGCUGCCAAUGAACGGAGAAUCAUUGCGGAGAAAAAUAAAGAGCGAGAGCUCCUCGCCUCAAAGCCCAGGGAUGUAGCAUCCGCAAAUUAAUAUCUUUUACCGGUUUGUCUGAUUGAUGGUUAUAUCUCAGUACUCUCCUCGAUUAACCUUACACUCGUGGUACGGAGUUCACUCUAUCCUGAGUGCAAUCUUAAUCAAUUCAUGAAGGAAAAUAUAUUGCUCUCUCAGUCCCGGAAGGCUGUCUGGACGGUAUGAUAUGGCUAGGCAG